AUGGCCGAUCCCGUGGGGCAAGCCGGGACAACCCACUCACGGUCCUCCGCACCACGGGUCCGCCUCACCUGCGAAGCAUGUCGCCAGCGCAAAGUGAAAUGUGACAAGUCAAGUCCCUGUACAAGCUGCCAGCGACUUGGCCUCGUUUGUGUCCCCGUGGAACGCGCACGUCUUCCGCGCGGUCGCACACGAAAACCCGAGCGCAUAGUAGGCUCGGACAAGGAACUAUCCGAGCGGGUAGCGAGACUUGAGAAACUUCUGAAAAAAGUCGCUAAUGAGCGAGGAGAUUUCUUAGAGAUGGCCUCUACUGUCACUGCGCCUGCAUCUCCGUACACACAGCAGCAGUCGAUAGCAGAGGCUAGCAACGUCAGUCCUGAUACUGGGCAGGAUCAGAAUGACAACGUGCCAGGUGCAGCUCAGCCACAUCUUCCGCGCCCUUCAACGGCAUAUGUUGGCGGUUCAUUUUGGGAGGAUAUCAUGCAGCAGACCCAAGAAUUGCGCAGUGUCCUGGAAGGUCGUCUAGACAAUGAAGACCGCGCUGUCAAAGAUUCAGUGUCUGGCGUUUGUGCAUCCCUUGUGAGCUCUGAAAGCCCUGAAAGCUCAUCAAACUCGCCACAAGCCAACAGAAGAUUAAAUCUGCAACCCCAAAUCCGGCAUAGGCUAUGUGACAUUUUCUUCCGUAAUGUCGAUCCUCUCUUCAAAAUAUUACAUCGACCGUCGCUACAAGCAUAUAUCAAGGAGGGCAAGCCGUAUCUUGAUUAUGAGCAGGAUCACCAAGCGCCAGCCACCCUAGCUUCGGCCAUUUACCUUUGCGCUGUGUGUACUCUUGACGAAGUGGAAUGUCAGGCAAUGUUCAACACGAGAAAAAGAGUGGUGUUCGCAGAAUUCCAGAAAGAAACUGAAUUUGCGCUUGCAAGUGCAGACUUUGUCACGACGAAUGAUUUAACUGUCCUGCAAGCUUACGUUCUCUCUCUGCUCGCUGCCCGAUCUCAAGACCAAAGCCGAAGAGUCUGGACCAUGUUGAGCAUGGCACUCCGGGUAGGCCAGGCAUUAUCUCUCCACAUCCCCCAGCCACCAUUCACGGUGCGUCCUUUUGAGCACGAGAUGCGCAAACGAGCCUGGCUAGGGAUCGGCCUUCUCGAUGUAGCAGUCUCUCUAGACAGGGCAUCCGAGCCGAUGAUGCAAUCCGCAUGGCUCGAUUACAACCCGCCGUCAAACAUCAACGACGAGGACUUAUGGUUUAAUAUGCCAGGGCCAAUCCCCAAACACACCGAUGGCACAUUUACCGAAAUGACACACACCUUGGUUAUUGCAGCGGCGACGUCUGUGACCCGAACCCUUGCAUUUUCAGACCUUAUCGAGCCAGCUGUGACUAUCAUGAGUUUGCGACAGCAAGUUGUCUACGAUUUCCAACAAAAGACAUCAGACCUUCUGAGAGGCUGCAGGCCCGAUCUGUCGGACUUCCAGUGGUACGCACAAAAGAUAGCGGGUGUUAUGGGCAGCUGGCUGCAACUAGCCUCUCUCCGGCCGCUACAACGAAGCUAUAACUUUAUCCCCCCGAAAAUCCAAGAGAACGCCCUCCUCAAAAUCGCAGCUGAUAAUCUGCAGUGGUCUCAGGAGGCAUACAACUACCCAGGCGCCAGGUCUUGGCGGUGGUACGUCUCGAUGUGGGUUCCGUGGCACGCAUUGGCUGUCGCCCUUGCCGAACUCUGCGUUUGCAAAAAUCCCGCGGUGAUGUCAAAGUACUGGACCGUUGUUGACGACGUCUACCAGCGCUCACGGCUUAUAAUCGCAGACUCUCAGCACGGGAUGCUCUGGAAACCUUUAGAGAGGCUCAUGUCCCAGGCAAAAACGCGGAGACAUGAGCUUCUCGGUGUUGAUGCUGAUCUUUCUCACCAAGCGGUGUGUCCAUCUUCCUUCGACGUCCUUUCUUCUGAGCUUCAUUCGAAACAUCCCCAACGUCCACAGGACCCCACGGACUUUUCGCUCGAUUUGAGAGAGGCCCUCGAUGCACCGCGGGAUUCGCAUGUCGCAGAAGUGCCGACUUCCUUCGAGCCGGUUCCCUGGCCCAAUGUGUGGGAUGCGAUGGAUUUGAGUGACCCGACCUUGCAAAGUGGCUCCGAUGACACGGCCUGGUUGAGUUACGAAAACUUCAUUGAGAAUUUUCACGAUAGCGUUGAUUCCAUUUUCUUGCCACGGUGA